AUGAACUGUCGUAAAUGUGCUGGCUUAUGCGGGAUGCCUCCGGCCUGGCGUCAAUGGCUUCAAGACUCCAACAUAUCUCCUCGAGAGCGCAAACAGAAUCCGGAACUUGUCAUCGAAGUACUCCAGUGCUAUGACGCAGCCACUCAGAAUGCCAAUCAGCAAAAAUUUAUGACCCAGAAAGGCAGUUGGGGUAUGCUACCUCUCUUAAUUCUUAGGGGCAUUUCUUUUAACUGGACAACUUAUAGUAGCGACAAGUUUCUCAUGUAG